CGGGCGGCGGCGCGGGGCCGGCGCGGUGCCAUGUGCCCCCCGCGGCUGCUCUGGCUGCUGCUGGCGGCGGCCGCGGCCCCCGGGGCGGCCCCGGACCCCGCUGCGGCCCCGCCGGGGCGGCCCCGCGCCCGCCGCGGCCUCACCUACCCCGGGACGCUGUGGUGCGGCGCGGGCAGCAACGCGGACGCCUACGAGCAGCUCGGGGAGCACCGGGACACAGACCGGUGCUGCCGGGACCAUGACCACUGCCAGCACGUCAUCCACCCCUUCGCCGCCCGCUACGGCUACCGCAACCUGCGCUGGCACACCAUCAGCCACUGCGACUGCGACCGCAGGUUGAGGCGCUGCCUACGGCGGGUCAACGACACGGCCUCGCGGGUGGUGGGCCAGGCCUUCUUCAACGUGCUGCGGGUGCCCUGCUUCGAGUUCGCCUACAAGGAGGAGUGCGUGGAGCCCUACCUCUACGUCUGGUGCAAGGCGUACAACACGGUGGCCAUCGCGGUGCCCAGGGAGCCGGUGCUCUACGAGUUCGGCGGGGAGCUCAUCGACGCGGCGGCGAGGCCCGGGGACACCGGCGGGGAACCUCGGAGCGGCACCGGCGCUGGACCGGCACCCGCCGAGCAUCACGCGCCUGCUGAGCAUCACGCGACCGCCCGCACCGCCACCGCCACCACCACCGCGGCGGACAGCUGCCUGCUGCCCACCCCGCAGGCAACCCCGAGCGAGAGGAAGGGGAAAGAGAAGAAGAAAAAGAAGGGGAAAGGCCUGAAGAAGAAAGAUGCUGCUGAAGCUGGGAGGCUGAGCCAUCCCGCACCCGGCACCUGUGCCCACCCCACCCUGCGGCUGGGCGCAGCGGAGCCGGGGGGGGCGGCGAGGCAGGACCCACGGGCCAAGCUGCUGGCGCGGAGCCCGGACUUGGGGGGCGAGGAGGACGUGUCCAAUGCCGUGCUCAGUGAUGCCCCGGCGGGAGAGGGCUUGGGGAAGGAGCUGGCGCCGGCCUUGCCUUCCACGGCCCCGGCAGCCGGCAGGAAGAGGAGGAGGAAGGAGAAAAACAGAAAGAAGAGACUGAAAAACAAAGCGGAGCCAGAGCCCGCGUGAGAUUCGCUGCCGCCACCGUGACUCUCCCCUUACCCUUUGAAAGUUUAGCUGUGUAAUAAAUUAGGUUGCUCGAGCA